CGGCGAUGCUGUCGCUGGACUUUCUGGACGAUGUUCGGCGGAUGAACAAGCGGCAGCUCUACUACCAGGUGCUCAACUUCGGCAUGAUCGUCUCGUCCGCACUCAUGAUCUGGAAGGGGCUGAUGGUGGUGACGGGCAGCGAGAGCCCCAUCGUGGUGGUGCUGAGUGGCAGCAUGGAGCCUGCCUUCCACAGAGGAGACCUCCUCUUCCUCACCAACCGCAUCGAGGACCCCAUCCGUGUGGGGGAAAUCGUGGUCUUCAGGAUAGAGGGAAGGGAGAUUCCCAUCGUGCAUCGUGUCCUCAAGAUCCAUGAGAAGCCAAACGGAGACAUCAAGUUUCUGACCAAGGGAGACAACAACGCUGUGGACGACCGAGGGCUGUACAAACGAGGACAGCACUGGCUGGAGAAAAAGGAUGUGGUGGGGAGAGCCAGGGGAUUUGUGCCCUAUAUUGGAAUAGUGACAAUCCUGAUGAAUGAUUAUCCCAAAUUUAAGUAUGCAGUCCUCUUCUUGCUGGGCUUGUUUGUGCUGGUUCAUCGAGAGUAGCCUCUUGCCCUGCAGUCUGAGGUGGAGGUGCCAUGGAGCUGGCUUGCAGAUGAAGGUUGGAGGCAGCUGAUGGUCCAAAGCCUGGGGAGGAAGAAGAGGACACCUUGCAUUUGAAAGCCCCUGGCCAGCUGGGCUCUCUGUGGGGUUGGUUGUUUUUUACUGCCCGAGGGGGGAGGUUUGCUGCAGCAUUGCCAAGGGUUUGUCACA